AUGGCCAGCUCUAAUUGUCAGGACCUGGUCUGUGGAUCAUUGACAUUUAGGGAUGUGGCUGUUGACUUCUCUCAGGAGGAGUGGGCCUGCCUGGAUGCUACUCAGAAGGUCUUAUACAGGGACAUGAUGUUGGAGACCUACAGCAAUCUGGUCGCAGUGGUGGGAAGUUGCAUUUCCAAGCCAGCUCUGAUCAUCUUACUAGAGCAGGAGAAAGAGCCCUGGAUGGCUGUGAAGGAAGAAACAGACAGGCUGAGCCCAGAUUUGGAAUCAGAUUAUGAGACUCAAAAAAUAUCUCCAGACAACCACAUAUAUACUAUAAAUCUACCCAAACAGACCAUAAAGCAUAUAAGUGAAACUUUUGAACUCAAGGGCUCCAGUUUUAGUAAUGGCCACAACUGUAGUACAUUCAAGGGACUACAGGGUUGUCAAGAAGGAGAUGUUGAUCAAAAGAUUAGUAACAAGGAAAAAAUACCCACUUACACCUGCCACACCCUCUCUCACAGCAUAGAAAAUGCAUAUGAAUGUAAAGAGUGUGGGGAGUGCUUUGGUUAUAGGCCAACUCUCACACAGCAUCCGAGUGCUCAUUCUGUAGAGAAGCCCUAUGAGUGUAAGGAGUGUGGGAAUGCCUUCAGACUACAACAGCAUCUUACAAAACAUCAGAAAGCUCACAGUGGUGAGAGACCUUUUGAAUGUAAUGAAUGCGGUAAAUUUUUCAAGCAUGGCUCCAGCCUUGUUCAACAUAAGAUUAUUCAUGCUGGUGUGAAACCAUAUGAAUGUAACAAAUGUGGGAAAGCCUUUAAUCGUCGCUCAAACUUCAUGCGACAUCAGAAAGUUCAUUAUGACAAGAAACCCUUUCAGUGUAAAGAAUGUGGCUAUGCCUUCACUGUUCUAGCACAGCUCAUCACUCAGCCUCAGAACAUUCAUAAUGGAGAGAAAUCAUUUGAAUGUAAACAGUGUGGAAAGAUAUUCAGUAGUGGUUCCUACCAUAUCCAACACCAGAGUAUUCAUUCCAGUGAGAAAGCCUUUGGGUGUCACGUAUGUGGGAAGGCUUUUAGGCUUCAAGUAUACCUUUCUGAGCAUCAGAAAACUCACACUGAUCAGAAGCCUUAUAAGUGUAAUCUUUGUGGGUCAGUCUUCAGACGUAAGAACCACCUUACUGAACAUCAGAGAAUCCAUACUGAUGUGAAACUAUAUCAGUGCAAGGAAUGUGGGAAGUUCUUUCGUCGACGCUCAAAUUUUAUGGAACAUCAGAGUAUUCACACUAAUGUAAAACCUUUCAAGUGUAAGCUGUGUGGGUCAGCCUUUAGACUUCAGUCCCUACUUAGUCAACAUCAGAGAAUUCAUACUGAUGAGAAACCAUACCAGUGCAAGGAAUGUGGGAAAUUCUUUCGUCGAAGAUCAAGUUUUACUGAACAUCUGAGUAUUCACACUAAUGUGAAACCUUUCAAGUGUGAGCUGUGUGGGUCAACCUUCAGACUUCAGUCCCUACUUAAUCAACAUCAGAGAAUUCAUACUGGUGAAAAACCAUAUCAGUGCAAGGAUUGUGGGAAAUUCUUUCGUAGAAGUUCAAAUUUUACUGAACAUCGGAGUAUUCACACUAAUGUGAAACCUUUCAAGUGUAAGCUGUGUGGAUCAGCCUUCAGACUUCAGUCCCUACUUAAUCAACAUAAUAGAAUUCAUACUGGUGAAAAACCAUACCAAUGCAAGGAAUGUGGAAAAUUCUUUCGUCGAAGAUCAAAUUUUACUGAGCAUCUGAGUAUUCACACUAAUGUGAAACCUUUCAAAUGUAAGCUGUGUGGAUCAGCCUUCAGACUUCAGUCCCUACUUAAUCAACAUAAGAGAAUUCAUACUGGUGAAAAACCCUAUCAGUGCAAGGAAUGUGGAAAAUUCUUUCGUAGAAGUUCAAAUUUUACUGAGCAUCAGAGUAUUCACACUGGAAAGAAACCCUUCGAUUGUAAUAAAUGUGGAAAAGUCUUUAGACUUAAUGUACAUCUUAUUCGCCACCAGAGAUUUCAUAAUGGUGAGAAGGUAAAGAGUGUGGAGAGGCCUUUCAUCUUAAGAGCCAUAAAAUAAUUUAUUCAGGUCAGCAAUGUUUGAAUGCAAGGAAUGUGGGAAGUCCUUCACGCUUGUUUUCAUUGUUGUUUGACAUAGGGUUAUUCGUGCUGCUGUGAAACUAUAUGAAUGUAAUGAGUGUGGGAAAGCCUUUAAUUGUUCAAACCUCAUGCAACAUCAGAAAAUUGAUUCUGAUGAGAGACUCAUUUAGUGUAAGGACUGUGAAAAGGCCUUCACUGUUCUGGCUCAGCGCACUCGGCACCAGAACAUUCAUGCUGGAAAGAAAUCCUUUGAAUGUGAGUAGUGCUGGUCAGUCUUCAGACUGAGUGCCAACGUAUUCAACCUCAGAAAAGUCAUACUGAUGUGUAUCCCUAUCAGUGCAAGGACUGUGGAAAGGCUUUGUUUGUGUUCCAAGUCUUAGAAUUCAUGAGAGAACUCACAGUUGUGAUUCACACUCAUGAGAGACCUUACCAAUGUUAAGAAUAUAUAAAGGUUUUUAGUCAAAAAUCAAACUGGUUGGGCUCUAGAGUUCAUAUUAGUAGAAGCCUUAAGAAUAUAAAGAAUGUGAAAAGGCCUUUAGCAAUAAUUCUUUUUUUCUUUAUUUUCAUUAUUUACAUUACAAAUGCUA